UCCUCUUAAAUCCUCUUAGUUUUUUUUUUCCCUCUCUUUUUACCUAAAAUAUAGGUGCCUUUACGCCGCUUGGCGCUUGAGUCUGGCGCGGUUGCUGCUGGCAGGUGAGCUGGUUACUGGUGGCGGGAACAACGGAUGACUCCACUAGCUUCGUUGCCGGCGGCGCUUUGGCGGCUGCCGUAGGUGGGUACUGAUUUAAAUUGUGUCCCCAGUUUAGGGUUGGAAUUUGAAUGCCUUUUAAAAAGAUUGAAUGUGUCUUGUGAAUCAUCAUCAUCGUCUUCACCAUCAUAAAAAGGAAAGCAAUAAUAAUAAUAAAACUUGAAGAAUGGACUUCACAGAUGAAUGGAAGUCCCAGUUCCCGGUGGGCAAAGUUUGUACGCCGCCGCUUCUUCUUUCAGGUCCAUCUUUGAGUUCCACUCUUGGUCCUCUUUUCUUCAAUCCAAACCCCAAAUCUCUAACCCUUCUCUUCUCCUCUCCCUCUCUUUUCCCCCCUUUGCUUUCUCCUCUUCCACAGCUCUCCCUACCUUCAUUCCUCUCAUCUUCACCCCAACAUCAUAAAGAUACCGUUUCUGCUCUCGCCUACAACCGUCUUCAGCUUCUUCAUUGCCCUUUAAAUGACAGUGUCAUUGUGUUCUUUUCCACUGGUCACAACCAUGACCAAGUUGGGUUUUUGGUGGUUUUGGCGAAGGAAUCCGGUUUUGAUGUUUUGCGUAAUGAAAAUGACGGUGUUUUCGUAGUCAAGAAUCGGUUUAAUCAUCGGAUAUGCAAGAUUUUGGUGAAUCCAGUUGGGGAUGUUUCGGAUUUUAAAGGUAAUGCUUUGGUUAGUGUUGGUUACUUGUUAGCUUUUACAAUGUAUUCGGUUCAUUGGUUUAGUGUUAAAGUUAGUAGAGUUAGUGAAAAGCCUGUUGUGAGUUAUUUGGGGUUUAAGUUGUUUAAGAGUUGCGCUGUUGUGGGUGCUUGCUGGAGCCCGCAUUUGCCUGAGGAGAGUGUGAUUUUGUUACAAAGUGGUGUUUUGUUUCUGUUUGAUCUGGAUGAUUGUGUUAGAAAUUCGAAAACGAAUACAUAUUUAAAAGGGAAGAGGUUGAGAUUGUCGUGGAAUGAGGAUUCGGCUUGUUUACGGAAUUGUAAAUGGAUAGGUUGUGAGUUCAGUUGGCAUCCUAGAAUCUUGAUUGUUGCUCGAUCGGAUUCAGUUUUUUUAGUUGAUUUGAGGUCCGAUGAUUGUAAUAUUAGUUUGUUAGCGAAGAUUGAUAUGCUUAGUUUGUAUGCUCCAGUUGAAAAGGAGCAGUUCCAUGCAUUUUGUAAAGUGGGCUGUGAUGGUUUUAAUUUUGUUUUAGCUUCUGAUAGUUUGCUGGUCCUCUCUGAUGUGCGUAAGCCUUUGAUGCCAGUGUUGCAGUGGGCUCAUGGUCUUGAUAAACCAAGCUAUAUUGACUCGCUUAGAUUGACUGAGUUGAGGUCAAAGUCAGGGGAUGAUAUGUAUGAAUGGGCAAAUAAAUCGGGUUUUGGCAUUAUCUUGGGAUCUUUUUGGUCAUGUGAAUUUCGUCUAUUUUGUUAUGGACCUCCUUUACCAGGUCAUAGUGGGAUUUUUGCUUCAAAAAUUUCAACAUUUUCCAAGUCUCUUUACGCAUGGGAACUCCCUACGGAUUUGUUGUUGUCAGGACGUGGUUGUUGGUGUGGAACUUGUCUUCUAAGAAAAGAGUUUUGGAAAGAUGAUCUUCCUAAAUGGACUGAUUGGCAGCAGAAGGAAGACAUGGUUUUGGGCUUUGGCAUACUAAACAAGGAUUUUUCUACCCUCAUUCAUGAACCUCAUGAAUCUGGUGGGUUCACUUUGAUUAGGCUAAUGUCCUCAGGGAAGCUUGAAGCACAAAGAUAUUUUGCCUCAUGGGAUGUGGUAAAACGAUUAGAACUAGCCCAUGGAGAUUUAUUGUUACAUUUGGAAGAUAACUUAUUGUGUUCUAGAGAUGAUGACAAUUACAAAUUUCCAAAAAGAUACAAGUACUUGAAACUUGACUAUCUUUAUGGGCAUUUGAAUGAUAAUCUUAUUGAAGUCCUGGAUUCCAAAUUGAAGAAUGAUUUCAAUGAUCUGCAAGAGAAAGAUUCUUUUAACAUAGACUUCCAUGAAAUCUUAUGUGAGAAGCUGAAAGUUUGUGGUUUGAGUCGGUUUAGAACAUCUCCUGCCAUUUCUGUUGUUUUUAGUGACAUAAGCUUGCCAGCAAGUGUUCGUGAGGUUGCUUUGAGGAGAGCAUGGGCUGGCUUGCCAAUGGAACUUUUACAAUUGGCCUUUUCCAACUAUACUGAAGUUCUUGAAGUACUUAUGGACAAGAAGAAGGUAUCUUUGGAAUUUUUAGUUGUUCCAGAUCUACCCCAGUUGCCACCUUUUUUCUUAAGGAAGCCUUCAUGCCGCAGCAAUAAGUGGUCACAGAAAGUGCAGCGUGAUGAUGCCCUUGUAGGUCCUGUUCUUCCACUCCCUGUUCUUGUUACACUUCAUGAAUUCCGUAACAGUUCUCGAUAUUCAGAAGAAGAAGCCAGCAAUUUCUCAUCAGAGGCAGAACUUAAUCUUCGGUGUGAGGAAGUUAUGCAGGUGGCCCGUGAAAUGGCUGUAUCAGAUUCAGCCAUUGAUUUUCGCGAUGAACAUGCUGUCUCCCUUGCUGAUGGCAGAGAUGAGGCAUGGGUUGACUCUCGAAAACCAAAACCAUUCAUUUACUACCAUCCAACUGUACUUGAUUGUUCCGAUAUGGAUCAGACACUGAGAAACUUUGUUUGCAAGGAUGAGAAAUUUUUCAAUUUGAUUUCCAAAGUGGCCAAGUCUGAGUCUUUUCUGAAAGACAAAGUGGAUAGUGCUGCAGUUGAUCUGGGUGAUGAUCUUUGCCCCAUUGUUUUGAAGUAUGAUACUUCUAAUAUUAGCAAUACACCUCCUGAAUCGAAAGCUUACAAUAUCAUUAAGAAGCAGUUCUCAAAAUGGCAGGAAGGUUUCUCACCGUAUCAAGAUUUUUGCACUCAGUUCAAGCUUAGAGAACAAGAAAAGUGACUGUUUUGAACUUUUGUAUUUUGACUUUUGAAAUUUUUACGCACAUGAUUCAAUCAUAGUUUUUCUUCAAUGAUAUAGAAAGAAAAUGGAAGAAGAUUUGUAUAUUGUAAAUUGAACUAGAGUUGUACAAAUUAGAGGGAGAAAAUGACAAUAUGAAUC